CCUAUUCCAGACCGACAGGUGGCGCUGUUUCUGUUCCACCUCGUUUAGAGAAAUCCCGUUCGCUUCUUCCAUCGUCACUGAUGUUAUGGCGGACUACAACAAGCACAGCGGCAAGCGGCUCUCCGAUGAUGGAGCAGGACCGGAGGAGAAGGAAGGCAGUGUGAAAACUAAGACUGUCUCUUCCAGCACUGGAGGAGGGGGGAAACGCUCGGCCCAGGAGGUCAGCCCUGGCCCGGGGAAGGUGUCCACCUCGAGCCACCCGGUACCCCCAGCCCCCAAAGUCUCUAAGAUAGGAUUUGGUCUGAUCAGCCAGCCUAUAAAGAAGCCUGCGCCCAUCUCCAUCAAGCUGGGUGCUAGUAAACCCAAAGAGCCUGUACCUGUACCUGCCAAGAAACCAGCUCUGGCCUCGGUUUUCAAUGUUGACUCUGAUGAUAGUGAGGAGGAGAUGCCUGCAGAAGCCAAGAUGAGGAUGAAGAACAUUGGCAGGGAGACGCCCACGUCAGCAGGCCCCAACUCCUUCAACAAGGGGAAGCAGGGAUUCUCCGACCACCAGAAGCUCUGGGAGAGGAAGCUCAAGUCUCAGACGGACACUGACCAAUAGGGCUCCGCCUCAUUGGUUAUUAGUCACAGUAAGACCAGUAGGGCUCGGCCUUACUGGGUUGCUAAUGACAACAGUCAAACUGCACACCGUGUUUGCUUUUGUGUGGAAUGAUGUCACCUUGAUUGAGUGCUUUUUCUCUUCGUUUGUCUGUUGACGAUGGUGUAAAAACAAUGUACAUACUGCUAUGUAAUGAUGGGGAGACAUUCGUGCUAUCAAGCAUAUUUUUUUGUUUUGUUUUAAAUGUGUGUGUGUGUGUGUGUGUGUGUGUGUGUGUGUGUUAUAUAGCAGACUGGAGUGGGUGUAGUUCAGAGCAAUGAGGAUACGUUUUGGGAAAGGGAGCUUCAAGACAACUUAAUAAUAGUUUGACUCAUCUAGGAUAUAUCACUACUUUAUAACAGUCCUAACAGGGUUUUCAACCCUGGCCUUUCCCUCAUUUAUAUACUGUCUGUCAUGCCUUUACAGAGUGAUCCUAGACAGGAACCAUUUCUCCCGUGCCUGAGGUUAACGUGUAGAAAUAUUCAUAUUAGGACAAUAAACUUACAUUCAAUUCCAAAAUGAAA